AUGCUGCAGCUGGUGGAGACGGGAGAUCCCCCAGUGGUGAGAGGGAUGCAGAGGGAGAGAGCUCAGAGGAGGCUGAUCUGUGCUGUCAGCCUGGUGUCCUCUCAAGACAGGGUCACAUCCUGCCUGAGGAGGGUGAAGCAGCUGCUGACUGGCAAGCCCAGUGCCUGCAGUGGAAAACCGAAAACAGGGCCAUCAAACAGUGAUGGAGCUGGCAAGGUCAACCUCUUGAAGAAAGUACCAGCACUAAAGGAUGGAGACUUCACCCUGGCCGAGUGCACUGCUAUUCUGCUGUAUCUGAGUCGAAAGUACAACACUCCCGACCACUGGUACCCAUCAGACAUACAAAAGCGAGCCCAGGUAGAUGAAUACCUCUCAUGGCAUCACGCUAACAUCCGGGCUAAUGCUCCUAAGACCAUGUGGAUCAAGGUGCUGAUUCCACUCUUCACAGGGCAGCCACUGCCCUCUGAGAAGCUCCAGGAGGUUAUGGAGGGGCUGUCCGCUUCCCUGAAGCAAUUUGAGGAGAGGUUUCUGCAGGACAAGGCUUUUAUCAUCGGGAGCGAGAUCUCUCUGGCAGAUCUUGUGGCCAUUGUGGAGCUCAUGCAACCUGUUGGGGUUGGUUGUGACAUCUUUGAAGACAGACCAAGGCUGAUGGAAUGGCGCAGGCGCGUGGAGGAUGCUGUGGGGAAGGAGCUUUUCUUCCAAGCCCAUGAGAUGAUCCUCAAUAUCAAAGAACUGAGCAACAUUCAAAUUGAUCCACAGCUGAAAGAGCAUCUGGCGCCUGUGUUGAUGAAGAUGUUGAAAUGAAUUAACCUAUCUUACCAUUUUUGCUGCACUUUUGGUUUUUCAGCUACUCUGACCUCCAGUUUUACAUUUAACUGGAAAGAACACUGUAAUUCUAACACAGAAAUUGCUGGGUGUUUCCCACCCAGACAGGUCUUUCCUGUAUCUUUGGGGGUGGAAGCUAGGGAAGGUUUAAGACCUGAAGCAUU